GCAUUUGGUCAUGAAGGAGAUCUAGUAGUUCUGUCACCACCCUCCAAACCCUAGAAGGACAUAUCAGGGAUAAGUUGAUGAUGAUGAAGGGCUUGAUGCUCCAACAGCAACCAGUAGUGGAGGAGAAUAUGUCUAAUUUAACUUCUGGUUCUGGAGAAGCAAGUGUUUCUUGUGGUAACAGAACUGAAACUGGCACCAUCUACCCAGAGCAGUCCUUUGCUUCAACAAAUCAAACUCCAGUAGUGAAGAAGAAGAGAAACCUUCCAGGCAACCCAGACCCAGAUGCAGAAGUGAUAGCUUUAUCUCCUAAAAGUCUUAUGGCCACUAAUAGGUUCAUCUGUGAGAUUUGCAACAAGGGAUUCCAAAGAGAUCAGAACCUUCAACUACACAGGAGAGGACAUAAUCUUCCAUGGAAGCUAAAACAAAGAACAAGCAAAGAGGUAAGGAAAAGGGUAUAUGUGUGCCCAGAAGCUACAUGUGUACAUCAUGACCCUUCAAGGGCUCUUGGAGAUCUCACAGGUAUCAAGAAACACUUUAGCAGAAAGCAUGGAGAGAAGAAAUGGAAAUGUGACAAGUGUUCAAAGCAUUACGCAGUUCAAGCAGAUUGGAAAGCUCAUUCCAAGACUUGUGGCACAAGAGAGUACAGAUGUGACUGUGGAACCCUUUUCUCAAGAAGAGAUAGUUUUAUCACUCACAGAGCUUUCUGUGAUGCUUUAUCAGAAGAGAGUGCAAGAACUAUUACAGCAAACCCAUUUCUCUCCUCUCAAUCUAACAUUUCAACAUCACAUAUAAACUUACAACCUCAAUUCAAUGGUCAUGUUCUUCAAGCACUUUCCCUUAAAAGAGAGCAACAACAACCACAAUAUUUCAAUCUCAAGCCAGAGAUACCACCAUGGUUAGCUUGUUCAUCAUCAACCUUAGGAGCUGGACCAGGUCCACCAACACCACCUCCACCCAUUGAAAACCCUAACCCUAGCCCUAGUCCUUCUUUCUCUCAUUACCAUCCAUCAGCCUCUUUACACAUGUCAGCUACUGCAUUACUACAGAGUGCUGCUCAAAUGGGUUCAACAAUGAGUAAACCUUCAUCUUCAGCCAUGUUUAUACCCCACCAAGCUCACAUGUCUGCUAAUAUUGGUUUGUCUUCACGUGAAGAGAUGGAAAGUGGAAUUAUUCAUGGAUUGGGUUCUUUCAGAGACAAAGCUAGUGUUGAUUCUGAUCUAAUGGAUCACAUAUCUGCAACUACAAAUGCUGGAGCAGGAGCUCAUCCUUCUCUACUUCAAGACAUGAUGAGUUCUUUCUCUUCUGCGAGUGGGGUAAACAGUUCUUCCUUUGGAGAUGGCUUUGGUGGGUUUUUAAGUUCAAAGAGAGAUUUAAACCCAAUUGAACAUGAAACUUUCUCAAAAUCCAAGACAACACCAUCAAUUACCCAUCAUAGUAGACAUGAUGAAGGUGGUGGUGGUGGUGGUGGUGGUAAUGGGGGUGAUGGCUUGACUAGAGAUUUCUUGGGUCUUAAAGCUUUCUCACACACAGACAUUUUCAAUAUAGUUGGACUUGAUCACUGCAUGAAUUCUUCUGCAUAUGAUCACCAUACUCAGAAUAACAAACAAUGGCAAGGUUAGCUUCUAAAAUUUUACUUGGGUUUUGUUCUUUUUUUUUUUAUGUUUCUUAAUUACUAUUCCUUCUUUCCUA